UAUGUAAUGUUGGUCCGACAGUCGUACACGAGCAGUCCCUGGCCUAGUCAUGAACGGCCACUGCUGUCGGAGACGGGGUGAUGAGGAGGAAAAGGAAACCCCUCAUGGAAGUUAAAACGCUGCGCUUUGCACUGAGAGUUUGCUCGCGCGAACUGCAAAUUAAUUUGUAAUGAGUGUUAAAACUUAAAACGCUGCGUUUGGAACAACUCAUACAAUUCCCUUCUCUUUUCAUGGAAGCCAAACAGCUCCGGCACGAUCUCGGAGUCGCCGGUUCAGCCCCGAAGUCUCCGGCCUACCUAGCUCUUCUCCGAGCCGGUCCGCGGAUCAAACCGCUGCAACAAGUCCACGCCCACCUCGUCGUGUCCGGUUCGCACCGCAGCCGCGCCCUCCUCACCAAGCUCCUCACUCUGGCCUGCGAAGCCGGUUCGAUUUUCUACACGCACCGCCUCUUCCUCUCUGUUCCGAGCCCGGACGCCUUCCUCUUCAACUCCCUCAUCAAAGCCUCUUCGAAGUUCAGCUUCCCGCAAUACACCGUUUUCUUCUACCACAGCAUGCUCUCGUUCUGCAUUCCGCCGUCGAGCUACACUUUUACGUCGGUGAUUAAAUCGUGUGCCGAUCUUUCUGAUCUGAGACUCGGAAGAGGCGUUCAUUCGCAUGCUUUGGUAUGUGGGUACGGCGCGGAUUCGUUUGUUCAAGCCGCUCUCGUUAGCUUGUAUUGCAAAUCUGGAGAUUUGGGUGCCGCCUGGAAGAUGUUUGAUAAAAUGCCGGACCGAAGUGUUGUGGCUUGGAAUUCGAUGAUUUCGGGUUAUGAGCAAAACGGGUUAUCGAAAGAAGCGAUUGAGGUGUUUGAUCAAAUGCGGGAAUUGGGUGUUGAACCUGAUUCGACGACUUUCGUGAGUGUAUUGGCGGCUUGUUCUCAGUUGGGAGCUCUUGGCUUAGGCUGUUCGGUGCAUCGUGAUGUUAUUAACAGUGGCCUUCAUGUGAAUGUGGCUCUAGGCUCUUCACUGAUUAACAUGUAUGCUAGGUGUGGGAAUGUGAGUAAAGCAAGAGAAGUUUUUGAUUCGAUGAAGGAACGGAAUGUGAUUGCUUGGACGGCUAUGAUUUCUGGGUAUGCAACGAAUGGUUAUGGUACUCAAGCUGUGGAGCUCUUCCGUGAAAUGAAAGCUCACGGUCCUGUUCCUAACACCGUCACUUUUGUGGCAGUCUUGGCAGCGUGUGCUCAUGCAGGGUUAGUUCCAGAAGGCCGGGCGGCUUAUGCAAGCAUGAGGCAAGAUUACGGCUUAGUGCCAAGUGUGGAGCAUCAUGUUUGCCUAGUUGAUAUGCUUGGGCGUGCCGGACUUCUCAAUGAAGCAUAUCAGUUGAUUAAAGAGCUUGGUGCUGAGGAGGCAGCCCCGGCUGUUUGGACUGCUAUGCUUGGUGCUUGCAAGAUGCACAAGAAUUUCGAUCUUGGAGUAAUAGUUGCUGAGCAUCUGUUGGAGGUUGAGCCUGAAAAUCCUGGGCAUUAUGUAAUGCUUUCGAAUAUAUAUGCACUGGCAGGCCGGAUGGAUCGGGUGGAAAUGAUUAGAAACAUGAUGAUGGGAAGAAGCUUGAGAAAGCGAGUUGGCUAUAGCACGAUUGACUUGAAUCACAGAACCUACCUGUUUAGCAUGGGAGACAAGUCCCACCCUGAGACUAGUGAAGUUUAUCAGCAUUUAGAUGAACUAAUGUCCCGGUGCAGGGAAGCAGGGUAUGCACCGGCGCCUGAGUCAGUGAUGCAUGAAGUGGAAGAAGAAGAGAGGGAAUAUGCCCUUAGAUAUCAUAGUGAGAAGCUUGCAAUCACAUUUGGGCUGUUGAAAACCAAGGAUGGUGUGUCCAUUCGGAUUGUAAAGAACCUCCGAAUGUGCGAGGACUGCCAUGAGGCAAUUAAGUUUAUUUCUAUAGUUACCAAACGAGAAAUUAUUGUUCGGGAUAAGCUUCGGUUUCACCACUUCAAAGAUGGCUCAUGUUCGUGUAUGGAUUACUGGUGAUGAAUGAGAUCACCUCCAAGGCUCCAACUAAUCGUCUAGUUAGCAUUGGGGGGAUUUAAGCUGUCCUCUACAACAAAGACAUGAUUCGAAAUAGGGUUCUAUCACAUUGCUUGGAUUGCAAGCAGAGACAACUGGCAGAUCACUGGUAACCAGGAUCAAAUGCAAUGUUAUGACUUUCUGGCCAAUCUAUGGAAAGGCUAUUAACAAUUGCUUCUUAUGGGACACGGGACACCAAAUAUGGUGUAUCGGACCAAAGCUGAAAUGCUGAAUCGAAGAACCAGAUCAGGGAUGUUGCGGAGCAUUAGUCGAGCUCAAAAUUUCGAGGUUCGAUGAAAAAUGAAGCGAAAAUGAUAUAGAUAAACUGUUUCUGUAGCUCUAUUGUACCAUUUUUUGAUCUCAAAAUAUGUUAUGAGUCUAACUUUGUGCAUGAAAAUGUGGUGAAUGUUUGAAAUGAGAACUCUAAUGAUGAAAAAAUAUGCCACUGCUCUAGUGGCCCAUGAAGGUGGGCUUUGGGUCUU